UCCCAUGAAAUUCACAUUCUAGUGAGCAGAUCCCCCCUUUGUAAAAUAGUUAACAGUAUUAGUGUUCUCACCAAAUAUUGUGAAGAUUAAACGAGAGAUGGAUGUAAAAUGCUAAUCAUAGUGCUCGAUACAUGAUAAAACAUGCAUGAACAUAUUAUCUCUUGUCAUCAUUCCACUGAGUUAAAUUUCAUAAAGCAAGCAAUUAUGUUGUAUGUUGUUGUGUGCACAGCACUGCUAAGCAUAGUGCCUGCCACAGGUGAUCAGUAAUUAUUUAAUAAAUGAAUGGAUGGGUAAAACUGACUCAGAAGAGUUUCGGAUAAACACACAUGACACUGGACUGCAGUUUCUAAAAGAGAAAUAGGAACCCAGUGCUGUGGAACACUGGAGUUACCCUGGAGAAGUCAAGGAAGGCUUCAUAGAGGAGGUGACAUUGAAGCUAGGCCUGGAAGGUGAUGAUUUGCCUGGUUGGAAACAAAUAAGAUUCCACAUGUAAAUGAAACCGUAUGACAUCUGUAAGGGGAUCCUGGGAGCUCAUGUCAGAAGAAAGUGACUCGCUGAGAACCAGCCCUUCCGCGGCCUCGCUUUCGGAAAAUGAGCUGCCGCAGCCUUCCGCCCCCGCCGGCUAUGUGUGCUCGCUGACCGAGGACCUGGUGGCCAAAGCCAGGGAGGAGCUGCAGGAGAAGCCGGAGUGGAGGCUCCGCGACGUGCAGGCCCUGCGGGACAUGGUGCGCAAGGAGUGCCCCCAUCUGAGCACCUCGCUGGAGGACGCCUUCCUGCUGCGCUUCCUCCGCGCCCGCAAGUUUGACUACGACCGGGCCCUCCAGCUGCUCAUCAACUACCACAGCUGCCGGAGAAGCUGGCCCGAAGUCUUCAACGACCUGCGGCCUUCCGCCUUGAAGGAGGUCCUGGCCUCCGGCUUCCUCACCGUCCUGCCGCACACCGACCCCAGGGGCUGCCCCAUCCUCUGCCUCCGCCCAGACAGGUGGAUCCCAAGCAACUAUCCAAUUACAGAAAACAUCCGAGCCAUAUACCUGACAUUAGAGAAACUCAUUCAGUCUGAAGAAACCCAGGUGAAUGGAAUUGUAAUUCUUGCAGACUACAAAGGAGUGAGCUUAUCAAAGGCAUCUCAUUUUGGCCCUUUUAUAGCCAAAAAGGUGAUUGGCAUCCUUCAGGACGGUUUCCCCAUUCGGAUAAAAGCAGUCCAUGUAGUGAAUGAACCUCGAAUAUUUAAAGGUAUUUUUGCCAUCAUAAAACCAUUCCUGAAGGAGAAGAUAGCAAACAGAUUUUUCCUUCACGGGUCUGACCUGAACUCUCUCCACACAAACCUUCCAAGAAACAUCCUCCCCAGGGAAUACGGGGGCACGGCUGGAGAGCUGGACAUCACCGCCUGGAACGCCGUGCUGCUGGCCUCGGAGGAGGACUUCGUGAGGGAGUUCUGCCAGCCCGGCCCUCCCUGUGACAGCAUCCUGGGCCAGGCCCUGCCGCCCGAGGGGCUGAGCUCGGAGGCGCCCUGUGAUGACUCCGUGCGGGCUGUGAAAUCACAGCUAUACUCCUGCUACUAGCCAGUCCCCCGCGAACGGCACCAUCUUUACAAGCUUUCCUUCCUUCUUCGGAGAGGCCCAAGGAGGAUUCGAGCUGCCAGGGAUUGUCUUGCUCCUUGGAACAGAACUGCAGCAUGGAGGCAAAGCCUGGAGAGCUCUGAGCCACAGGGUGAGGCUUGGGUGGCUUGAAUGACUCUGUGGAAGAUGUGGAGAAAGUCCCCCAGCAAUUCUGAAACAUUUGCAAUCCCAGUGUGCAGCCACGAAUGUGGAAGCCGUAUCCGGUUCUUACAGAGCUCAAAGCAAGGAAAAUCAGGACCAACAACACUUUGAUCCCACAUUCCAGGAGAAAACCCCAAUUGGCCAGGCAGUGCACUCCUGUGAGACAGUUUGGCCAAGCCUGCCAGGUAGCCACAUGUGAGAUGAUGAGAUUGUCUUGAAAGACAGACUACAGACCUCUCAGCUUGAAAGUGUGAGGUCCAUCACUGGGUCUGGAAAGCACCUUCACUGAAUCAUGCAAGAAGACAGCAGCAGCACCUCCUGAUCAAACUCGGGAACCAGGGACCUUAUGUACCUCUGGGGUUCAUGGGUUGAAUCUUGCAAUAGAACCUUAAAGUUUUCCCGAACCCAUAAAGCCUUAGUCCUGGUUCUCAAAAGAAUCAUACAUGAUCCUAGACACACGUGAUUUUACUCAACCAUGAAGCCUGGACGCCAGUCCUGUGUAGCUAAAAGAAUUCUGGCCUAAGAUUUAUGAGACCUGCGCCCCAACCUUAGACGUGUUUCUGUGGACACACGAGCCUCUGUGGGCCUCCAGCCUUCUCAUCUGUAAAAUGAGGCUGAAUGAAGUGAUGCUGAGGGCCCUUUUGGCUACUAAUGGGCCUCUGCUAUUUGGUUAUUUAUUGAAUGUUAGACAUUGGUUUUCUGCCUAGAAAGAGCACUCUCUAGAUACCAGUAGUUGGAUUCUGUACUUUUGUGGUAUGCAUAGGCCUUCCCAAGAGGGAUGCGUCAUUGUUUUGGCCCUGUCUUUAAAGAAAUGAGUGGAUUCAGCAAUACCCAUUUUCCUUUCACAGGGAGGGUUGAACUUGAAAAUGAUGGCCUUUGUGAAGGCAGAUGAAAUGCCCAUGAUCUUGGAUGAAUUCCUUCAAUCUCUAAGACUCUGGCUUAUAUUUUAAACUUGGCGAGGUAAAGGGAUAAAUUAAUUGACAUUUUUAAAAUUUGGCCUCUGGAAAUAAGGGCAAGUUAUUCUGGGCCACCCCCGCCACAACACACUUGAGUUUCUAUCUCUUGUGUCCAGCCAGACUGAAUGUUAAUUCUGCAUUUUAGCACUUUAGACCCUUCCUGUCAAGAACUUAGCCUUAGCCCAAGCAUCAAAUUAGGUGGUUCAUCUGAUGGCCUUUGACCUAUUUCCUUUCAUUCAUUCCAUGCAAAUUGCGGUGUUAAAAAGUGACAGGUACCACGCAUUGUGUGUGUUACCUUCUCUGUGCAUUUGUUAGAGCAGCAGCAGGCAGCCUGAAUGACUCAGUUAGGACUAGAACAGUCCUCUGAAAUGUCAAGGCCAAUCAGUUGUUCAUAAGCUGUUUCUCUCUGUAGCACUUUUUAAAAUGUCUGGAGAAGUUGUUGGUGGAAGUGACUUACCUCAUUCGUGCCAAUUCUAGGAAGAACUGUUUUCACCAUAGAUACUAACCUUGGAUGCUCUAGGGAUCUGGCUGGGUGGGAGGUGUCAAAAUACACACCCUUGGCUGCCUCUAGUCCCAUCUAGACAAUGCCAUGACAGUGAUGGCGUGACCGCCAUUGCUGGAAAAGUCUCAAUGGGACAAGUGGGAUGGCUAUAGUAAUAAGUUCAGAACCCAAUUGUCUGGGAGAAUUGGUCAGAGGUUUUCUUAGGUCCCAAAGAGGACAGAGAUUAAAAAACACAACAGAAAAGUUAGACGUGAAUCAGGCCCACCAAGUUUCCAAGGUUUGAACUGGCAUUGCGUUCCUGGCAAGCUGCCUUUGUCCACGUGUCUUAAUGUGGGGAUGGCCAAGCUCACCUCCAGAAAUUUCUCAAAGACCAGGAAGGGUGUUGCCCAUUUCCCAGACCUUCCCAGUUAGAUCAGGGAGCUGUUUCAUUCAGCUUCCGAAAGGAGUCAGGGCCAAGGGUUGUCUGCCUUCUGGAGCUGCUGUGUUUUAUGUUGGCUCCAGGGAGAGCAAAUGGUUUUGGCACCUCAGGAGGCUUGCUCCAAGCUGUGAAAGCGGGACCUCCCUGGGUGGAAACUAUGGCCAUCUCUGCCUGGCUUCUGUCUGCGGCUGCCUCAGCAGGGCAGGGGAAUGACCACAGGGGCACCCCGGGAGUUUCACUCAGCGGUGGGGGCAUAGUGACAGAGCAAGUAAUUGAACACCAGGAGAACUGAGUGUAUUCCUUAAGGGAAAAGUUCUGAUUCAUUUCAGACACCUGAAAAUGAAUGUUUCCUGCAAUUUAGGGCUGUGUGCUGUAGGCAAGGGAAAGAAAUAGUAAACCAGGAGGCCCAAGUCCAGCUGUACUUUGCCACUUGGCCUUGGUCAGCUGCUGAACUCCCUGAAUGGUCCUAUGAUAAAGGGUGUCUACACUUGGGAGCCCUGAACCCUCUGUUCCUGGCAUCAGAGGAUUUGUUUCUCCCUGCCCACCCCCCCACCCCCGCCAUCUGAAUGACCCUUUAGGCAGUUUAGGUCUGAAUGAACUGACACCUAACGCUUCCAAAUGAGUCUGUCAGCUUAGGUAAUGGGUUGGGGGAGUUCUUCCUCCUCUUCUGUACAGAAUUCUGGAAAAUUGUGCUUCUUCCUGGAAUUCUGUUCUUUCACGGCAAGAGGCUGGGAGUAAUCUACAGAAAUAGCCAAAAGUGCAACAACCCUGGCCUCCUCUCUUGAGUUUCCUAUUUUCUGUCAGCAAAGGUGGCCUCAGCUCCCUAGUACUUCACCCUGCUUUCACAAGGAGCAGCCUGUCCUUCAGUCAGUUCAGUUGCUCAGUCAUGUCCGACUGUUUACGACCCCAUGAACUGCAGCACGCCAGGCUUCCCUGUUCUUCACCAACCUCCCGAAGCUUGCUCAAACUCAUGUCCAUUGCGUCGGUGAUGCCAUCCAACCAUCUCAUCCUCUGUUGUCCCCUUCUCCUCACGCCUUCAAUCUUUCCCAGCAUCGGGGUCUUUUCUAAGGAGUCAGUUCUUCACAUCAGGUGGCCAAAGAAUAUUGGAGUUUCAAUUUCAGCAUCAGUCCUCCCAAUGAAUAUUCAGGACUGAUUUCCUUUAUGAUUGGCUGGUUUGAUCUCCUGGCAGUCCAAGGGACUCUCAAGAGUCUUCUCCAACACCACAAAAACAAAAGCAUCAAUUCUUUGGUGCUCAGCUUUCUUUAUAGUCCAACUCUCACAUCCAUACAUAUGGAAAAACCAUAGCUUUGGCUAGACGGAUCUUUGUUGGCAGAGUAAUGUCUCUGCUUUUUAAUAUGCUGUCUAGGUUGGUCAUAGCUUUUCUUCCAAGGAGCAAGUGUCUUUUAAUUUCAUGGCUGCAAUCACCAUCUGCAGUGAUUUUGGAGCCCAAAUAAAGUCUCACUGUCUCUAUUGUUUCCCCAUCUGUUUGCCACGAAGUGAUGGCACUGGAUGCCAUGAUUUUAGUUUUCUGAAUGUUGAGUUUUAAGCCAACUUUUUCAUUCUCCUCUUUCACUUUCAUCAAGAGGCACUUUAGUUCUUUUUCGCUUUCUGCCAUAAGGGUGGUGUUAUCUGCAUAUCUGAGGCUAUUAUUUCUCCCGGCAAUCUUGAUUCCAGCUUCUGUAUCAUACAGCCCAGCAUUUCACAUGAUGUACUCUGCAUAUAAGUUAAAUAAGCAGGGUGACAAUAUACAACCUUGAUGUACUCCUUUCCCUAUUUGGAACCAGUCUGUUGUUCCAUGUCCAGUUCUAACUGUUGCUUCUUGACCUGCAUACAGGUUUCUCAGAAGGCAGGUAAGGUGGUCUGGUAUUCUCAUCUCUUUAAGAAUUUUCCACAGUUUCUUGUGGUCCACACAGUCAAAGGCUUUGGCGAAGUCAAUAAAGCAGAAGUAGAUGUUUUUCUGGAACUCUCUUGCUUUUUCAAUGAUCCAUUGGAUGUUGGCAAUUUGAUCUCGGGUUCCUCUGCCUUUUUUAAAUCCAGCUUGAACAUCUUGAAGUUCGUGAUUCACAUACUUUGAAGCCUGGCUUGGAGAAUUUUGAGCACUACUUUGCUAACAUGUGAGAUGAGUGCAAUUGUGCGGUAGUUUAAACCUUCUUUGACAUUGCCUUUCUUUGGGAUUGGAAUGAAAACUGACCUUUUCCAGUCCUGUGGCCACUGCUGAGUUUUCCAAAUUUGCUGGCAUAUUUAGUGCAGCCCUUUCACAGCAUCAUCUUUCAGGAUUUUAAAUAGCUCAACUGGAAUUCCAUCACCUCCACUAGCUUUGUUCAUAGUGAUGCUUUCUAAGGCCUACUUGACUUCACAUUCCAGGAUGUCUGGCUCUAGGUGAGUGAUCACACCAUCAUAGUUAUCUGGCUCAUGAAGAUCUUUUUUGUAUAUUUCUCCUGUGUAUUCUUGCCACCUCUUCUUAAUAUCUUAUGCUUCUGUUAGGUCUAUACCAUUUCUGUCCUUUAUUGUGCCCAUCUUUGCAUGAAAUGUUCCCUUGGUAUCUCUAAUUUUCUUGAAGAGAUCUCUAGUCUUUCCCAUUCUGUUGUUUUCCCUUACUUCUUUGCAUUGAUCACUGAGGAAGUCUUUAUCUCUCCUUCUGUUCUUUGGAGCUCUGCAUUCAAAUGGGUGUAUCUUUCCUUUUCUCCUUUGUCUUUAGCUUCUCUUCUUUUCUCAGCUAUUUGUAAGGCGUCCUCAGACAAACCAUUUUGCCUUUUUGCAUUUUUUUCUUGGGGAUGGUCUUUUUUUUUUUUAAUUUUUUUAUUAAUGUAUUUUUGGCUGCUCUGCAUCUUCACUGCUUCCUGUGGGCUUCUCUAGUCGCGGCGAGUGGGGGCUACUGUCGUGGGGAGCGGGCUGCUCACUGCAAUAGCUUCUCUUGUGGACCACGGGCUCUAGGGCCCUCGGGCUUAGGUGUCCCGCGGCAUGUGGGAUCAUUCCAGGCCAGGGAUUGAACCCGUGUCCCCUGCACUAGCAGGCAGAUUCUUAACCACUGGACCACCGGGGAAGUCCCGGGGAUGGUCUUGAUCAUGCCUCCUGUACAAUAUCACGAACCUGACAUUGCUCAAUGUCACGAGCCUGUCCUUAGAGCUUUACAAACACUUCAGUUCACAAGAUACUACAUUUUUGCCAGAAAGUGAGUCAGGGUAAUAAGAGAUAUUUUCCCUGAAUUCCUGUGAGAUGUUGAGGCUUUCAGAAAUCUCCGUGGGUGGGCAGUUACUUUAAAUGCCAUCUGAUUCUCAGAUCAGUUAUGGGGUCGCUUUUUCAUUUGGGUAGCCAAAAGCUAUGGUACUGUUGUGGCAUUAUCCUAAUACCUCAUUUUAAGGUUUUCCUUUGAAACCACUUCUUUCAUUUAGCAAGUAAAAUGUCCGCUAAGCUAGUGAUGUGUGGCUGUCCUGUGGCAUGACAGUCGUGGAGAUCGCAAACAGAAAACAUAGCAACUGUUCAGGAAAGAUGUCCAGUCACACUGGACAUCUGAAAAGUCACACUUUUCAGGACUGAGGUCCGUGAGUUUUGUAAACCUCGAAUAAAUUCCCUUCUGCUCUCCUGAUGCAGAAAUGGCUUGAAAUGCAAGUAAUAAAUAAUGUCAGAGUCAUAUUCUUCCUUCAUAGCGCUUGCUCCAUGCGAAGGCCCAGGGUAAUUUGUGAAUGGCCUUGCUAGUGACCGUUCUGCUCUUUGCCAAUUAGCCACUUGUCCUUUCAUCUCACUGGGCACCAUGUUUAGUUGGGCUGUUAAGUAGCUGCCAUCCACUGGGAUUCUUGUGGAUAUGCCUUGACCUCAGGUGGGAACCUGUUACAAGUAAAAUACUUGAAACUUCUCUGGGGCCAAGAGCCUCUCUCAAUGACUCUGAAGGGGUUAGAGAUGGACUAAUUGUGACCAGAUUGGGGCAUCAUUUCGGCCACUGGUUGCCUUCCUCACUUCAAACUGAAAUUCAGUUUGGCUUCAAGUAUAGGGACACAUGGUGGUGGAUUCAUCUACUUCAGUGUUUGUUUUGACCAAAAGUUUAUUUUUCUAGUGCAUUUUCUAAGUCAAAAUGGUGAAAACAUGUAAUUUUAGUAUGCAUGACUGGGUCUUAAAUAAUAAAAAAAUCUCUGUAAGGCUGA